AUGAACUCGAUUCUGUCCACGUUCACGCCCGAUGCUUCGGGAACCCCGCCAAAGCAGGUCGACUACAUCCCAUGGCUCACGCUCAACGAUGGCAACAAGAUCCCAAUGCUCGGGUAUGGCCUAGGGACAGCCAACUACAAAAGGGGUGGCCCGGAUUUUGAUGAGAAGAUUGUCGACAACACGGUCCGGGCUAUCAAACUUGGAUACCGUCAUCUCGAUGGCGCCGAAGUCUACGGAAAUGAGGAGGAGCUCGGCGCAGCUAUCAAGAAGGCCGGUGUGCCGCGAGAGAAGCUCUUCGUUACUGCCAAGUGCAGCGGAACCAAGAGGCAGAAUACCGAAGAGGCCUUUACGACGUCUCUGAAAAAACUUGGUCUUGACUAUGUGGAUCUCUAUCUCAUCCAUGGUCCCUUCUUCGCCGAGUCGGGCGAGGAGCUCCAGCAAAAGUGGACAGAACUGGAGGCAAUCAAGGAAUCCGGCCGGGCCAAGUCCAUCGGAGUCAGCAACUACCUUCAGUCCCACCUUGAGACCAUCCUGAAGACGGCCAAGAUCCCCCCGGCCAUCAACCAGAUUGAGUUCCAUCCUCACCUGCAGCACGGCGACCUGCUAGAGUUCCACCGCCAGAACAAGAUUGCAGUGGCAGCGUAUGCUCCCUUGACCCCCAUUACUUCAGACGUCGAUUCUCCCGUCAGGGCCAUCUUCGCCAACCUGUCCAAGAAGUACGGGGUAAGCGAUUCCGUCAUUGGACUCCGGUGGUGCAUCGACCAGGGUCUGGUCACCAUUACAACCUCCUCCAAUGAAGACAGGCUGCAGAGUUACCUGAACCAUCUCCCUGCCAUCAAGCUCACGCCUCGGGAGGUGAGUGAGAUCGCCAAAGCCGGUGAAACCAAACAUGUUCGCGGGUUUUGGAAGAACAGAUUCGACGCUGAUGACAAGAGCUAA